AUGACGGACUCACUCACUUCCCUCUCCACCGCCGUCUCCACCUCCUCCACCAAACUCCGCCUCCGGAUCUUCCGUCACGACAUCGUCUCACUCAUCAACAACGUAGAGAUGACAGUUGAACUCGCAUCGGUGCUAGUAGACACGAUUUUUCGGACUUUAUUCAUUUAUGAAGAUCGUGGAUCGAGAAAAGCAGUUGAUGAUGUGAUUAUUAAGUCAUUAAAUGAGGUUAUCUUUAUGAAAAGUUUCGCAGGGGCGGUUGUUCAAGCAAUGGAGAAGCAAUUGAAAGUUCAAUCACACGUUGGAUGUUAUAGGUUACUUAAUUGGUCCAUUUUGCUGUUAACUAAGAGUCAAUUCAGUUCAGUUUCAAAAAAUGCAGUUUCCAGAGUAGCUUCAGCGCAGGCUGGAUUGGUUAAUCUUGUUAUGCAACGAUCGUUUCGUGAGCGGAGAGCAUGCAGACGGAUUUUCUUUCAAUUGUUUUCUCAGUCGCCGGAUAUUUAUAAGAUAUACAUUGAGGAAUUAAAGGAUGGGCGUAUUCCGUAUAAAGAAAGUCCAGAGUUAAUUCGGUUGGUACUUGAUUUUUUGAGUUUGUCCAGUUCUCGUUUUGAGCAAUGCAAGUUAAUAUUUAUCGAUAUAUACUUGAAAGCGGUUUUGAAUGCUAGAGAAAAGCCGGGAAAGGGACUUAGUGAAUGUUUUAGUCCGCUGUUUAUACAUUUCUCGCAUGAGGAUUUUCAGAAUGUGGUGUUACCCUCUUCGGUGAAAAUGUUAAAGCGGAACCCUGAGAUUGUGUUGGAAGCAGUUGGGAUUCUUUUGGAGUCAGUCAAUCUUGAUUUGAGCAAGUACGGGGUUGAACUUCUUUUGGUAGUGUUAUCACAGGUUCGGCAUGCUGAUGAAAGUAGGAGAGUUGGGGCAUUGGUUAUUGUACGGUGUUUGAGCCAAAAGUCUAGUAAUCCUGAUGCUUUAGAAGCUAUGUUCAAUUCUGUUAAAGCCAUAAUUGGAGGGUCAGAAGGAAGACUGCAAUUUCCAUAUCAACGAACUGGCAUGUUCAAUGCUGUGCAAGAAUUGUCGUAUGCUCCUGAUGGAAAAUUUUUAAACAGUCUCUCACGAACAUUAUGCAGUUUCCUUUUAUCUUGUUCCAAGGAUGAGGGUAAUGUUUUACUGGAUGAACUCCUUGACUGUUUUGGAAAUGAAGAGGUAAAGCUUGCAAUUUUGUCAGCUGUUGCUUCUUGGGCAGCACGCUCUGCUGAUGCUGUCCAACCGAAUUUAGUUUCUUUUAUCGCUUCUGGCCUCAAGGAGAAGGAAGCUUUGAGAAGAGGACAUCUUCGUUGUCUACGGGGCAUAUGCAAAAAUGCUGAUGCUGUUUUACAGAUAUCAUCUUUGCUUGGACCUCUUGUUCAACUUGUAAAAACUGGUUUUACCAAAGCAGUGCAGCGUUUGGAUGGGGUGUAUGCUUUGCUUGCUGUAGGGAAGAUAGCCUCUGCUGACAUCAAAGCAGAGGAGACUCUAGCAAAGGAAAAGAUAUGGUCUUUGAUAUCUCAAAAUGAACCUUCCCUUGUUCCAAUUUCUAUGGCCUCAAAAUUAUCGAAUGAGGAUUGCAUGACUUGUGUUGAUCUUCUUGAGGUGCUGUUGGUGGAACAUUCACGCAGAGUGUUGGAAGCUUUUUCAGUGAACUUGCUGUUCCAGUUGAUGGUCUUCUUACUCUGCCAUCCAAGUUGGGAUGUUAGAAAAAUGUCAUAUGAUGCUACCAGAAAGAUAAUUACUGCUAUCCCUCGGUUAUCUGAACCACUUUUACUUGAGUUCACAAAUUUUCUUUCAGUAGUUGGAGAGAAGAUCUCUCUUUUGGGGACAAGUGAUGCAGAAAAUUCAUUGGACACUCAAGUUCCAUUUCUUCCAUCUGUUGAGGUAUUAGUGAAGGCUUUAGUUGCAAUAUCAUGUGCAGCUCUUGCUACUUCCCCAAGCAUAUGUACACUAGUCAUAUUCUGCUCGCAUCAUCCAUGUAUGGUUGGCACUGCAAAAGUAGAUGUUGUUUGGAAGAGGCUCCAUAGAUGUUUGCGAAGGCUUGGGAUUGAUAUUGUUGGCAUUGUUUCUGCUGAUGUUGAGAAUUUGUGCAAGGUUCUACUAGGACCAAUGGGAUUGACAAGUUCAAAUGUGCUAGAACAAGAAGCAGCAAUAAAUUCUCUGUCAACUUUGAUGUCUAUAACACCUAGAGAUAUGUAUUUGGCAUUUGAAAAGCAAUUGAAAAAUCUUCCUGAUCGUUAUUCACAUGAUAUGCUUUCAGAGAAUGAUAUUCGAAUUUUUCACACUCCUGAAGGAAUGCUUUCCAGUGAGCAAGGUGUUUAUGUUGCAGAAUCUGUUACUUCUAAGAACACAAGACAGGCGAAGGGCCGUUUUCGGAUGUAUGAGGACGACAUGAAUCACGUCAAUUCUAGUCAUUCUGUGAAGAGAGAACCAGCUGGUGUGGGGAAAAAGGAUACUGGGAAGUCAAUGAAGAAAGCUGAAAAGGGAAAGACAGCAAAAGAAGAGGCUCGUGAAUUAAUGCUGAAGGAGGAGGCAGCUAUACGUGAUAAGGUUGGGAGUAUACAGGAGAACCUGUCAUUGAUGCUGAGAGCUCUUGGGGAAAUGGCCAUCUCUAACCCUGUAUUUGCACACAGCCAACUACCUUCUCUGGUUAAGUUUGUUGACCCUUUACUACAGUCACCUAUAGUGAGUGAUGUGGCCUAUGAAACCUUGGUGAAACUAUCAAGAUGUACAGCUGCACCUCUUUGUGAUUGGGCUCUUGACAUUGCUACUGCUCUACGCCUCAUUGUGACUGAGGAUGUUAGCGUUUUGUUGGAUCUUAUUCCACUAGAUAGUGAAGGGGAAACCAAUGAGAGACCUUCUUUGGGUCUUUUUGAGAGAAUAGUUAAUGGCUUAUCCGUGUCUUGUAAAUCUGGUCCUCUUCCUGUAGAUUCUUUUACUUUUGUAUUUCCGAUAAUGGAGCGCAUUCUAUUAUCUCCCAAGAAGACUGGACUUCAUGAUGAUGUGCUUCGUAUUCUCUAUUUGCACAUGGAUCCACAGUUACCCCUUCCUAGACUUCGAAUGCUAUCAGCUCUUUAUCAUGUUUUAGGUGUUGUUCCAGCUUAUCAAGGGUCAGUUGGACCAGCAUUAAAUGAAUUGUGCCUUGGUCUAAAACCAGAGGAAGUUGCACCUGCACUGUAUGGAGUUUAUGCUAAAGAUGUUCAUGUAAGAAUGGCCUGCUUAAAUGCUAUAAAAUGUAUUCCAGCUGUUUCCAGCCGAUCCAUUCCUGAGAAUGUAGAGGUCGCAACUAGCCUUUGGAUUGCUCUGCAUGAUCCAGAAAAGUCAGUUGCUGAAGCUGCAGAGGAUAUAUGGGAUCGCUAUGGAUAUGAAUUCGGCACCAAUUAUUCUGGACUUUUCAAAGCACUUUCUCAUGUUGAUUACAAUGUUCGAGUCUCUGCUGCAGAGGCAUUAGCUGCUGCUUUGGAUGAAAAACCAGAUACUAUACAGGAAUCGCUUUCUACUUUAUUUUCUUUAUAUAUCCGGGAUGCUGGUUUUGGUGAGGAUGCUGUUGAUGCUGGUUGGCUCGGAAGACAAGGGAUAGCAUUGGCUUUACAUUCUGCUGCCGAUGUUCUGAGAACAAAAGACCUCCCUGUCGUUAUGACAUUCCUCAUAUCACGUGCAUUAGGAGACCCUAAUGCAGAUGUUCGAGGAAGAAUGAUCAAUGCUGGCAUCAUAAUAAUUGAUAAGCAUGGAAGAGACAAUGUUUCCUUGUUAUUUCCGAUCUUUGAAAACUACCUAAACAAGAAGGCAUCAGAUGAAGAAAAGUAUGAUUUGAUUCGUGAGGGUGUUGUUAUUUUUACUGGAGCUUUGGCAAAACACUUGGCGAAGGAUGACCCCAAAGUCCAUGCUGUGGUGGAGAAAUUGUUGGAUGUCUUAAACACUCCAUCAGAGGCUGUUCAACGGGCAGUUUCAACUUGCUUAUCUCCACUAAUGCAAUCAAAGCAGGAUGAUGCACCUGCUCUUGUUUCUAGGUUAUUGGAUCAACUGAUGAAGAGUGACAAAUAUGGGGAACGCCGUGGCGCAGCUUUUGGACUUGCUGGAGUGGUCAAGGGAUUUGGAAUAUCUUGCUUGAAGAAGUAUGGAGUUGCUGCUGCAAUAAUGGAAAGUCUUGCAGAUAGGAGUUCGGCAAAACAUCGUGAAGGAGCUUUGCUGGCUUUUGAGUGCUUUUGUGAAACGCUUGGAAAAUUGUUUGAGCCGUAUGUGAUUCAAAUGUUACCAUUGCUUUUGGUUUCUUUCUCUGAUCAAGUUGUAGCCGUUCGUGAAGCUGCUGAAGGUGCUGCUCGUUCAAUGAUGUCUCAACUUACUGUGCAGGGGGUGAAGCUUGUACUUCCAUCGCUUUUAAAGGGUCUUGAGGAUAAAGCCUGGCGGACAAAGCAAAGCAGUGUACAACUUCUUGGUGCCAUGGCUUACUGUGCUCCUCAACAACUUUCUCAGUGCCUUCCUACAAUCGUGCCCAAACUGACUGAGGUAUUAACUGAUACGCAUCCCAAAGUCCAGUCAGCAGGACAAAUGGCACUUCAACAGGUCGGGAGUGUGAUAAAGAAUCCAGAAAUAUCUUCUCUUGUCCCUACACUUCUCAUGGGCCUUACUGACCCCAAUGACCAUACAAAAUAUUCUCUGGAUAUCCUCCUCCAGACAACUUUUGUUAAUUCCAUUGAUGCCCCUUCACUUGCAUUAUUGGUGCCUAUAGUUCAUAGAGGGCUAAGGGAGAGGAGUGCUGAAACUAAAAAGAAAGCUGCACAAAUAGUUGGAAAUAUGUGUUCAUUGGUUACAGAACCAAAGGAUAUGAUUCCUUACAUAGGGUUGCUUCUUCCUGAAGUUAAAAAGGUUCUUGUGGAUCCAAUUCCAGAAGUUCGUUCUGUUGCAGCAAGGGCCAUUGGAUCCCUUAUUAGAGGAAUGGGCGAGGAUAACUUCCCUGAUCUUGUUUCAUGGCUAUUUGAUGCACUUAAGUCUGAUAACAGUAAUGUUGAGCGCUCUGGAGCUGCUCAAGGUUUGAGUGAGGUUCUAGCUGCACUUGGCACAGAAUACUUUGAACAUGUGCUGCCUGAUGUUAUCCGAAACUGUUCUCAUCAAAGGGCAUCUGUGCGUGAUGGAUAUUUAACACUUUUCAAGUAUCUGCCAAGAUCUUUAGGUGUUCAAUUCCAGAAUUAUUUGCAGCAGGUGUUGCCGGCAAUUUUAGAUGGUCUUGCAGAUGAGAAUGAAUCGGUUCGUGAUGCAGCAUUAGGUUCUGGCCAUGUCCUGGUGGAGCACUAUGCAACAACGUCCUUGCCUCUUCUCCUUCCUGCUGUAGAAGAUGGUAUUUUCAAUGAUAGUUGGCGCAUCCGGCAAAGCUCAGUGGAAUUGUUAGGAGAUCUCUUGUUUAAGGUUUAUACUACUACACCACUUAUCCAUGAUGAUGAAGGUGCUAGCACUGAAGCACAUGGACGUGCUAUUAUUGAGGUUUUAGGAAGAGAUAAGCGUAAUGAAGUUCUUGCUGCAUUAUACAUGGUCAGAACUGAUGUCAGUUUAUCUGUGCGUCAGGCUGCCUUACAUGUAUGGAAAACUAUAGUGGCAAACACUCCUAAGACUCUCAAGGAAAUAAUGCCAGUUUUAAUGAAUACUUUAAUAUCUUCUCUGGCAUCACCGUCUUCUGAGAGGCGGCAGGUUGCAGUACGUGCAUUGGGUGAACUUGUUCGAAAGCUUGGCGAAAGAGUGCUUCCUUUGAUCAUCCCAAUCUUAUCCCGGGGGCUGAAGGAUCCUGAUGCUAGCAGAAGACAAGGUGUAUGCAUUGGUCUGAGUGAAGUGAUGGGAAGUGCUGCGAAGAGUCAGUUAUUGAGUUUUAUGGAUGAGCUAAUCCCUACAAUCCGGACUGCCCUUUGUGAUAGCAUGCCUGAGGUGCGUGAGUCUGCAGGCUUAGCAUUCAGCACUCUGUACAAGAGUGCUGGAAUGCAAGCAAUUGAUGAAAUUGUUCCAACACUGCUGCAUGCUCUUGAGGAUGAUGAAACCUCUGAUACUGCUCUUGAUGGUCUCAAACAAAUCUUAAGUGUCAGGACUACAGCUGUUCUGCCUCAUAUUUUGCCCAAGCUGGUCCAACUUCCCCUUUCUGCCUUCAAUGCACAUGCACUAGGAGCCUUAGCAGAGGUUGCAGGACCUGGUCUUAACUUUCAUCUUGGCACUGUUCUUCCUGCUUUACUUUCUGCAAUGGGUGGUGAGGACAAGGAUGUUCAAGUUUUGGCUAAGGAGGCUGCAGAAACAGUGGCCUUGGUCAUAGAUGAGGAAGGUGUUGAGUAUCUGAUAGCUGAACUUAUUAAAGGCGUUGGGGAUACUCUGGCUUCAAUCAGAAGAAGUUCAUCAUAUCUGAUAGGAUACUUAUUCAAAAACAGCAAUUUAUAUUUGGUUGAUGAAGCUCCAAAUAUGAUAUCUACACUGAUUAUUUUGCUUAGCGAUUCAGAUUCAUCGACUGUUGCGGUUGCUUGGGAAGCUUUAUCGAGGGUCAUUGGUUCUGUUCCUAAGGAGGGAGGACCAGUUGUCAUUACAGGUUUCUGUCUCCCAAAAGCUCUUCAGCCAUUGCUUCCAAUAUUUCUUCAAGGUCUGAUAAGCGGCUCUGCUGAAUUAAGAGAGCAGGCAGCACUGGGUCUUGGGGAGCUCAUUGAAGUGACUAGCGAACAAGCAUUGAAGGAUUUUGUCAUUCCAAUCACUGGGCCUCUUAUCCGGAUCAUAGGAGAUCGGUUUCCUUGGCAGGUGAAGAGUGCCAUCUUGUCUACCUUGAGCAUCCUAAUACGGAAGGGUGGGAUGUCCCUGAAGCCCUUUCUUCCUCAGCUCCAAACAACAUUUAUCAAGUGCUUACAAGAUAAUACAAGGACGGUUCGUACAAGUGCUGCCUUUGCACUUGGAAAGCUUAGUGCACUCAGUACUAGAGUUGAUCCGCUAGUCAGUGACCUCCUGUCCAGUUUGCAGGCAUCAGAUGCUGGUGUUCGUGAGGCAAUUCUCACAGCUUUAAAAGGUGUGCUUAAGCAUGCUGGGAAGAGUGUGAGUGGUGCUGUCAGAGUUCGUGUAUUCAGUCAGCUCAAGGAUUUAAUUCAUCAUCAUGAUGACGAAGUUCGAAUAUCUGCUGCCAGCAUAUUGGGUAUCACUUCACAGUCAGACCUGAUGUUUGAGCCUGUCAGUGUGCUGCAUUUAAAAGCAAGGAUUAGAAAAGAGGGAAAACAAAAUACUCUUAAGGUGGUGGGUUUCAACUACAGAAUACUCAGUGGUACAUGUGAGCUUGCCAGGCUGUCCAAGCAGAGGUACGUGCUGGCUGAUCUUGGGUCUAAUGAAAUGAGUUUUGAAACUGGGCUUGAGAUGUACAUGGAAGAGCCUCAACUGGCAGAUCUGCUUGAACUACUUUUGAGUUUGGCAUCUUCUUCUAGCUGGGUUUCUAGGCAUGGCUCGGUACUCACUAUUUCAUCCUUGCUAAGGCACAAUCCUUCUUCUGUUGUUACAUCUCCAAUGUUUCCAUCUAUCAUAGACUGCCUUAAAGGUGCCUUGAAAGAUGAGAAGUUUCCUCUUCGUGAAUCUUCAACCAAGGCAUUAGGAAGGCUUCUACUUCAUAAAAUUCAGAGAGAUCCUUCUGAAGCUACUGCAUAUGUGGAUAUCAUUUCGACAAUAGUGUCAGCUUUGCACGAUGACUCCAGUGAAGUCAGAAGAAGAGGUUUAUCCGCUUUAAAAGCUGUAGCAAAAGCAAGUCCUCCAUCAAUUAUGGUCCAUUUUUCCAUCAUUGGCCCUGCACUUGCCGAAUGUUUGAAGGACAGCAGUACUCCAGUGAGACUUGCUGCAGAAAGAUGUGCUCUGCAUGCCUUCCAGCUGACAAAAGGUACUGAAAAUGUUCAAGCUGCUCAAAAAUUUAUUACAGGCUUGGAUGCCAGACGACUUUCUAAGUUCCCUGAAUAUAGUGAUGAGAGCGAAGAUAGUGAAGAAGAAUUGACAAGUGGCUGA